UCUCUUUUGGAGCUGGAGAGGAGAGGUUGUCCGUCUCUCCUCCAGCAGCUGCCGGGCUUCUCUGUAGCCCUUCGCCGCCUCAUCAUGGAUCUGUGGACUAAAAGAGUCGCUUGGAUUAUCGUUCAUGCCACCUUGAUUCUCUCCAGCUCGUACGGGACAACCGGUGAAGAGGUGUGUGACAGCUCGCUGGUGUCCAAUCUGCCGCCAUCAUCCUUCAGAAGCUCCUCCCAGCUGUCCAGCAGUCACGCUCCAGGCUUCGCCAAACUCAACAGAAGAGACGGAGCUGGAGGCUGGUCCCCCCUCACCUCAGACAGGUAUCAGUGGUUGGAGGUCGACCUGGGCGAGCGGACCAAGAUCACCGCUGUGGCAACUCAGGGUCGCUACGGCAGCUCUGAUUGGCUGACGUCGUACCUGCUGAUGUUCAGCGACACGGGACACAACUGGAAACAGUACAGACAGGAGGACAGCAUCGGGUCUUUUCCAGGUAACAGUAAUGCAGACAGCGUGGUUCAGUACAAACUGCAGCAGCCUGUGAUCGCCCGCUUCCUCCGUCUCAUCCCUCUGGACUGGAACUCCAGCGGGAGGAUCGGACUCCGGCUGGAGGCCUACGGAUGUCCUCACAGCUCUGAUGUCCUGAGUCUAGACGGCUUCAGCAGCAGUCUGGUGUUCAGGUCGAGUCCCGGGCCGAGGCAGACGUCCAGAGAUGUCCUCUCUCUGCAGUUUAAAACCCUGAGGAAUUCUGGGACGCUGCUGCACGCGGAGGGAGAGGGAGGACUCGGUCUCAGUCUGGAGCUGGAGAGAGGGAAGCUGCUGCUGCUGCUCAGAAAAGGUAGGACUUCGCCAUCUGAGCCCCGGCGUCUCGCUUCCCUCGGCAGCUUGUUGGACGAUCAGCAUUGGCACCACUUGGCGUUUGAGCGGCGCAGCUCUCACCUUAACCUCACAGUGGACAAACACAUGGAGAGGGUUCAACUCUCUGCAGAGUUCAGCCACUGGGACAUCAAGAAGUUGAGUGUAGGAGCAGUCCAGAGCCUUGGUGCUCAGAAAUCAAUCGCCUCCAAGAAGAACUUCCACGGCUGUCUGGAGAACCUGCAGCACAACAGCCUGAACCUGAUAGAGCUGGUGAAACACAAAGACCACCAAGUUACUGUCACGGGCAAUGUGACCUUUUCUUGUGCUGAGCCAGUUUCUGUUGCCGUGACUUUCCCCGGCCCCGGGAGCUUCCUCCAGCUGCCGACAGCGACAACAUCCUCCUCAGGGGGCGUGUCUAUAGGGUUUCAGUUCAGGACAUGGAACAAGGCAGGGCUUCUGCUCACCUUUGACCUCGUCCAAGAAGGGGGCGUGGUCUGGAUGUACCUGAGUGAGGCCAGACUUCGGCUGCAGAUCCAUAAAGCUGGCAGGGCGCUGCUGGAGCUCAGUGCAGGUUCUGCUCUGAAUGACGGUCAGUGGCAUUCAGUGGAGCUCAGCUCAAGACGAGGCCGUCUGAGCAUCACUGUGGAUAAAGACGAGGGGGGCAGCGCUCAGGCCAGCCCCUCGUUCCCCGUCACUGCAGAAAGUCACGUCUUCUUUGGUGGGUGUCCUUCUGAAGAUGAUGACACUCAUCAAUGCAGAAACCCCUUUAACGUUUUCCAGGGCUGCAUGCGUCUCUUAACUCUGGACAGCCAGACCGUGGACCUGAUCCUGGUGCAGCAGAAGCAGUUGGGGGUCUACAGCAACCUGCAGAUUGACAUGUGUGGAAUCUUCGACAGGUGUUCUCCCAGCCGCUGCGAGCAUGGCGGUCUCUGCAGUCAGUCCUGGACCGUGUUUCACUGUAACUGCUCUGACAGCGGAUACAGCGGAGCCAUCUGCCACAGCUCUGUGUACGAGCAGUCCUGCGAGGCGUACAAACACAACGGCAACACGUCGGGACAUUUCUACAUCGACGUGGACGGCAGUGGACCAAUCAAACCACAGCUGGUGUACUGCAACAUGACGGAGGACAACACGUGGAUGGUAAUCCAGCACAACAACUCAGAGCUCACCAGAGUCCGACCAUCUCCAGGCGUGAACCAGCAUUCAUUCCACUUUGACUACUCCACUAAAGAGCAGCAGCUAUUGGUUGCCAUCAGCCAAUCAGAGCACUGCGAACAGAAACUGUCCUACCACUGCAGGAAGUCCCGCCUCCUCAACACUCCAGAGGGUUCACCCUUCAGCUGGUGGUUCGGCGGUCCUGGUCCUGGUAGUCCUCGAACUUACUGGGGUGGAGCUCAACCCGGGAGUCAGCAGUGUGCCUGCGGCUUGCAGGGCGACUGUGUGGACCCUCAACACUACUGCAACUGUGACGCAGACCGCAUUGAGUGGGCUGAGGACUCUGGCCUGCUCACCCAUAAGGAGAGCCUCCCUGUCAAGUCUCUGGUGCUGGGUGACGUCCAGAGGUCGGGGUCAGAGGCCGCCUACAGGGUGGGACCCCUGCGGUGCCAUGGAGACAAGAACUUCUGGAACGCAGCCUUCUUCGACAAAGAGACGUCGUACCUCCACUUCCCCACCUUCCACGGAGAGCUGAGCGCAGAUAUCUCCUUCCUGUUCAAAACCACGGCCGCCUCCGGAGUGUUCCUGGAAAACCUGGGCAUCAAAGACUUCAUCCGGAUCGAACUGAGCUCCUCCACUGAGGUGGUUUUCUCCUUCGACGUGGGUAACGGGCCGCUGGAGGUUCGGGUGGAGUCGAACGUGCCGCUGAACGACAACCGAUGGCACCGAAUCCGAGCCGAGCGAAACGUCAAAGAGGCGUCUCUACGACUGGAUGGGCUUCCCAUCGCCACACAAGAAGCUCCCGCUGACGGACACUUCCACCUGCAGCUCAACAGCCAGCUGUUCAUAGGAGGCACAGCAUCCAGGCAGAAGGGCUUUCGAGGGUGUAUUCGCUCCCUGCAGCUGAACGGCCACACCCUGGACCUGGAGGAGAGGGCAAAGAUCACACCCGGGGUUCGAGCCGGCUGCCCGGGUCACUGCAGCAGCUACGGCUCGCUCUGCCAGAACCAAGGCCGCUGUGUCGAGAGAGACAACGGAUUCCACUGUGACUGCAGCCUGUCAGCAUACACUGGAGUAUUCUGCCAUACAGAGGUAUCAGCCAGCUUCAAAUCAGGGACCUCGGUCACCUACACCUUCAAGGAGCCUUACGAGUUGAGUAAGAACAGCAGCGCUCUGCCGUCCUCCAUCUACUCGGACAUGACACUGAGAGGAGAGAACGUCUCUCUGAGCUUCAGGACCAAUCAGAGUCCAGCUGUGCUGUUCUACAUCAGCUCCUACUACAGAGAGUACCUGGCCCUGCUCAUCAACAAGCACGAUAAGCUGGAGGUGAGAUACAAGCUGGACAGCAGCAGAGAGGCUGAGGUGUUGAGGAGCAGAGCAAGGAGCCUGGCCAACGGACAGCUUCACACUGUGAGCAUCCGGAGACUGACGGACUCUGUGUCUGUGCAGAUCGACCAAAACCCCAGAGAAGACUUCAACCUGACAUCUGACGGAGAGUUCAACGCCAUCAAGUCUCUGGUGUUGGGCAGAGUGCACGGGUCUGAUGAUCUGGAUCCAGACCUGGCCCGGGUGUCGUCUCUGGGUUUCACCGGCUGUCUGUCUGUGGUCCACUUUAACACCAUCAGCCCUCUGAAAGCUGCUCUGCUCCACCCACACACCAGCCCUGUCAUCAUCAGCGGACCUUUAGUCCAGUCCAACUGUGGCUCCUCGGCUUCAGCCAAUCCCUACGCAGUGGAGAACACACACCACCUGUCAGACCAGUCUGGUUCUGUGGGUUCAGGGGAACCUUUAGUCAAUGCCAUCAGGACUGACUCAGCUCUGAUUGGAGGUGUCAUAGCAGUGGUGAUCUUUGUGGUCGUGACCGGCUUGGCCAUAACAGCCAGAUUCCUCUACAGGAGAAAAGAGACGUAUCGAAACCAGGAGGUGAAGGGGGUCAAACAGGAGGACAGUCAGGACUUCCCCUUUAAUAACCACACUGACUCCCAGAAUGCCUCUGGGGAAAACCCAAAGGAGUAUUUUAUUUAAUGGGAGGCUUGAUGGACUGCAGAGACGUGGAGCAGACCGGUUGUGUCCUGAGGACUUCACGCUGCACUCAGAGCCAAUCAGAGACUUCGCCGACUGAAGAGUGGCGGCGAACGGGAACGACUCCCGGUGUUGGGUUUCUGUCGCUCUUCUGUAAAUUGUUCAUAUAAACUUGCAACCGUGUUGGACUCCUGAGGUGUUGAUAUCCUUGUUUUAACUGUAAAUAUCUCCAAUGUAAAUGUUGAUUUAGUGUCUUUGUAACAACCUCUGGCUGAUGUCACUUUGUAAUAUUGAACUGUUGGAUAUGAUGCUGGUUUCAGUAGCUUUUGAUGGUGUACGGUUGGGUAAAACUUUCAGCUACACUCAUAUAAUUUGCGUUCUUUUUAAAUGCUUGACCUUGAGAUUGGCAGGAUGUCAUUUACACCCUGCAGAGGUUAAGUUAUUAUACAUGACAUGAUUUCACCAUCCUUUAUAGGAUUGCUCAGAGCCUUCCAGUAACAUUUGAAGGUUUUUGUCACCCUACCAACUUCUCUUAACUGACAACGAUAACAAAUGCAUUAACACUUUAACAUGGGAGAUCCAGGUUACUUUGGCGAGUGUUUCUGUUCUUGCUGAUGUCAUUAUUGUCCUGUAACUUCUUGCUUGUAUGCUGAACUAAAACAGCUUGUGAGAAUGAAAAAUCUAAACUCCUGAGCCCUACUGCCCACAAAUACAUGGAAAAAGUUUAGUAAAUUUCUGCAGCAGUGUC